AUGAUCACGUCGAUAGACAAGAAUAACGUAUCACUAGGUGGAAUUGAAGUUCGCAAUUAUCAACAGAUCGAAAGCACCCAAGUGUGUCAGAUAUGUCAACUCGUGUUGCUGCAUCCUUGCCAACUCCUGUGUUGUGGUGUUCGGCUCUGUCGAUGGUGCUCCAAAAAAGGACUUUCUAACAAUCAGCCAUUCGUCUGCCCGUUUUGCCACGCACAACAAAUGAAGAAACAGAAUCAAGCUGAUCGUGGUGUAGCACGAGAAUUGAAUACAGUCUUGGUUGACUGUUAUGUAUGCGACUGGAAUGGAAUGUAUCGGGACUACCUUGAACAUUUGAGAAUGGAGCAUCCAGUGUUGAAAUGUGAAGAUUGUGAAGAAUGUUUUGUGGCGAAGAACUCAUUGGAAGAACAUCGAGAAGAACAAUGUGAAUAUCGAAGUGUAAGCUGUGAUUUGCUUGGUUGUGGCGAAGUGGUUUUAUGGUCUAAUGCAAAAGCACACUACUCAUCUAUGAAACAUCAACAUAUUCUACUAGAAUUUUUUAGGCAAUCUUUAAGUUCUAAAUACACGUCAAGUCAGAUUAAACAUGAACAACUAGUCGAAUUUCAAGAACUUGUAAAUACUCUUGUUCCAAUUAUCGAAAUGUUAGCAGGUGAUUGGACACGAUUAAAAUUGGAACAUGAUGAAUCGAAAAACAAAACCGAGCAAUUGUGCUCCGAAUCACAAGCAAUAGUAAAAAUGAGCAAUGAUACAGAUGAAAGUCUUAGAAGUCUCGUACAGCUGGAAGAGAGCACUUCAAAGAAUUUAGUCAAUACAAAAAAAUCCUCUUCAUGCUUUCAAACUUUUCUGCUGGAUAACGGUGGAAUGAUUAUUUUUCCAUUUACUUUACAACCAGAUAGUAUUAAUUCAUCAUUUUUUCUCGCUUCACCAAUCUUCAACACAGCACCUUUCGGUUAUUCGUUUGUUCUCAACGCGUUUUCAACAAUCAAUGAAGAAAAUCACAAUGAACGGUAUUUAUCGGUUUCCAUUGAGCUACUUUGCUCAGAAUAUGAUGCCAUUCUACCCUUUCCAUUUACUUACAAUCUAUUUUUGUCUCUGCUUGAUCAAUCUGGACAAAGAAAGCAUCAAUCGGUAAUGCUAUCAUCAUCGGAUUGUGAAGUGCUGAUUCGACCAACUAGUGAAAAGAAUUCUACGAUAAAUCUCAUAAAAUUUUGCCCCUUAAGUUAUUUGACAGCAGAAAGUAGCAUUUAUUUCAGAGAGAACAGAUUUUAUUUGCAGUUUUUUGUGGACUUUCUUAAUGCGCGAUCAUUCCCUUUUGGUUGA